CAAAGCCAUUGCAUACGAGGUCCCAAGGAGAGGAAAAAGAAAAUGCAACCAAAUUUGAGUUCCAAAGAUGCUUGCUUGCUUCAAAGCCUAAAACCCAAAACCUCACCUGCCGUGAUCACCUCGCUCUGCUCUGCCUGCGUUUCUUCGCGUCGUCGUCUUCUCUGUGCCACGGUUGCUUCGUUUAUUCUCCGGCAUCAUCGUCGCUCGCGUCUGUGAAUCUGCUCCGCCAUUCUGUUCUUUGGACCGUGUUAAUUGAGUUACAGCUAGGGUUUGUCCCCUUUCCUGGCGCAGUUAAUUGCAUUGCUUGACUUGUGCCGUGAGAAGGAAGGGAUGAUGGCGGAUAAGAAUCAACGAUACCUUUUGGUGCUAACGCCUGAAAGGAUCUGCGGCAUCGACACCAUGAAAUUGAUAACACCCGAGGAGGAGGAGACUGUGAAUUGGGAAAAUCUACCUCCGUUUCCCUUUGAUUUCAGCGUGGAUCUUCCACGGAUCUGCAAGUACGCUUUGGAGUUGGAUUCCAAGAUUCAUCUCGUUGGAGGUUGCCAAUAUUACUUCAAAUAUCAUCCAUGUCAUCGUGGUGCUUUUCAAUCUUCCAAAAAAGUCUUCGAACUAGACCUUGACAAGAAGGAGGUGGAGGAGUCGAAAUCAAUCGAUGAUGCUCCAAGGAAUUUUGAUACCCAGUUCAUAACUUGUUACAAAGUUAGAAGUGAUUAUUAUUUCAUAGCGACGGGUGGUUUCGCACCCGUGGAGCAUCCUCCUCAUUUAUUUUCGGUUCUACGCUCCGGAACCAAGGUUUGGGAAUGCUUGCCUGAUGCUCCUGGUCAUCCUGACAUGUGGUCGGGUUCCUGGGUAGUUAACAAUUCAUGGUUCGACUUCUAUGGUAAGCUAUACCUCCGACUCUGUUUGAAUGAUGGAAGAGUUUUUAUCCACUAUUAUGACACAGAUAACCCACACAAGGGCUGGACAAAGAGUGAGGGUGACAACAGUUUUACGGGUUCUUUUUGUGUUCCAGUGGGUUCCGAUGGCCAGCGUCACUUCUUUCAUCCUACUGUGCAUAUUCCAGAUCUGGUUGAUCCUGGCAAAUACCUGGCACUUUCGUGCGAACGGAUUGGAGGAAAAAAAGUGAUAUGUGCUUUCCAGGUGGAUGAAUUGGGUGUCCUUAUCUUUCAAAGGCUUGACGGCUGUUUAGAUAGAAUGCCAUCCUUCUAUCGUGAGUUAGAUAGCAUGAUAUCCUGCAAUUGUGAGAAAACGCCUGUGCUUGUUGAUCUUGAUGGCAAAGGCACGUUUCUUGUUAUGUUACCUGGCUUUGCAAAGGGCCGGAUCCAAGUCGUCUGCAUGUUGGUUCUUCAAGUCAUUGCAAAGAAGGUUGUAUCCCAUCCCUCCCGGAUCCUCCGGAGAUCUGUGGGCUCCCCAAUGGAGUGUGAUUUCUUAGAUUGGAAGGUCCUUAGCAUGCACAUGUACAGCAUGAAGGAGGUCAUCGAGGAUUGGUCUAUUGUCUCUAUUUUCCCUGGCAUCCCUUGCGAUGAAGCCACUGUGUACGAGGUUCCAAGGAGAGGGAAAAGAAAAUACAGCCAAAUUUGAGUUCCAAACAUGCUUGCUUGCUUCAAAGGUGUUUGUUGAUCAAGUAAUGUUAUGCACCAGUAUAUUUUGAAGCAAUCGGAUACGGACGGCCAACAUUUUUUUCUUUUAACCUUACAUUUGAAUUAACAUUAGCUAAUUCUCUUGUUUUACCCUUAAAAAUGUUGGUCAUAUAACAUUCUCAAUUUUAGAAUUUGAAGAUGAUACAAUGAUACAUAUAGUUGUUGACUUACCACACAAUAGCUUAGAAUGGCAAUAUUGUAUAUUUAAUCAACAUCUUGAUUAUCAAAAUAGAACAAAAUUGCGGGGUUCAUUUUGGAGGCAGUAAU